UAUACCAAAACAUUUCAAGCGGGCGUCCCCUAUGCGUGUGCUACGAAACGACGCAUUUUGCUGCUAAUUUACACUUUAUUUUUGAUACUUUUAUUUAUACGUGUUUAUAUAACUCAAGCCGAGCGCCUUUGGCAAGUGGUGCAGUGUCUAGAAACAGUAGAUUUGUGUAAUUUCGGACCCUAAAUUCAGUGCGCUUUCCCAAAGCAUCAUUCCGUGGCGGAUGUAUGUGUGUGCGGUUUACGGGCGCGGGCAGUAGUUCGGUUCAAAAUGCCGUCAACGGUUGUAAACAGUGGCCGCCAUACGACCGCGAGUGGUAAUUUCGUGACAAACCGUACGAGACAGCGAUCCUCGGCGUCGAAUAUCGGUGGCUUGACACCGAAUGUAACGACACGCCGCCGGGCACAGAGUACUUUGAUCGGAAAAAAUGAUGCAAACGGAUCUGCGACCAUCCCAGACGAUCUGCGGCGUAGGUUGAUCGACUGUUCGGUAGCUUUAGUAGAUGUAUUUGCACAAGGAACACCAUUCAAACUUAGCUCAAAUCGUGCAAAAGAAAACAACAAAAUCCCCCAAAUUCAAAGUAUACCGCAGGAAGGUAAAGCCUCAGCCGAACAACAGAGCAACUCAUCGCCACCAGAACGGAACAGCAACGUAACCAGACGAACCAGACCACGGCGAACGAAGAGUGUUGGACAAACGCAGCAACGGUUGGCGGAUCGUCAACGUCAUACAAUUAACAGCGUUUCGGAGGAUCAUCUUUCGAUCGUACAUCUGGACGAAUCCAGCAACAUCGGCACGAAAAGCAUUGCCGAAACGGUGGAUUUAUCACACAAACAAACAGUGUCCGGGAAUGACGUCAUCGGCACAAGCACGACAAACGUGACUGCCGUUCCGGAGCCACGUCGCAUAACGCGGCGCAUGUCGUCAAAAUCGACUGACUGUAACCAAAACACAAUCAAUGUUCGCGCAGCACCGAAACGCAAGACAAAUGAUGGUAUCCCAUCACGCGAGGCGAUUCGUGUGCCCCCACCGAAGCAAGCACUCAGUGCACAACAAUCGGUACUGGAACAUUCGGUGGAAGCUGCCGGUCAGAACGAUACCGUACGGACAACCGUUACCGGGUGCACCCAACAAUCUUUGGACACGCUAAACAGUGAUGCGUUUAAUACUCUGAUUGUUUCUAUCAAACGCAUAGCUCCCGCACUGCCAGUGGACGAAUUAAAGCGCAUCAAAUAUGACGAUUCGACGCGCGAUAGCCACUUUACUCAGCGAGCCUCAAGCAGCAAAGCUAGCUGGCGACAAAAGAAUAGCAUCAAGCAGGAACGACCCUCACUCGCAGGGCCAAGAUCAACAAUGGCGAAACCUAAGCUUGUUAUCACAUCGCCAAUUAUAGAAGUCCCGGAAUCACCUCCCCCUGUGGUGCUCGAGCGUAACACGGUGGUCAAUAGUUCAUACCUCACCGUUCCAAACACCGCUACCGCCAAGUGGGAUUUGUUCAAAAAACCUCACCCAGCUAAAAAUGCACCGAUGCCACUGCUACAGAUUGAGGAAGAAAACGAAGAGAACGGUGAUGUGUACACUUUUCUAUCGUCCUCGCAAAACAGUGAUAUUCCAGCAGCGAGCAAACCCAAGCCGAAGCAGCAGAAGAAACCGAAGCAGAAAAAGGUUCCGACAGCAUCCGCUGCUGCUAAAACGGUCAACAGCAAGAGCAACGGUUCGAUGGCUAAACCGAAAGGCAAGCAACCACAAAAACGGGCCAACCAUUUCGGGUGCGAUAAGCAGACGUUGCGAAAGGUGAUUAAAAGGUUGGGCGGUGGUCCGGUACAACAACCGGGGACGCUGAACUACAAGAUCAACCUGGACAUUCCCAAAACACCACCCGAUGCUCGUUCGCCCGUUAACGUACCUCCGCCGAAGGAUGACGCUGAGCAGCUUCCGAAUGAUGGUCAUCUCGCUUCGCCAGAAACUACACGCACCUUGCACCCGUCGCUGGACCGGCUUAAAAAGAGUUCACUAUCGUUUCCCAUCACGUCCACUCCCGCCAACAGGGUGGUGAACACAGCGAACCAACUGAGCGUACCACCAGCAGCCGAGAAACCAGCCUCGCUCUGGCGCUUGCAGGACGAAUUGAUCGUUCCCCGUACCAGCUACGUCCACCGCACGAAAGAGAUGCUACCGUCCUACGAAAGCUUUGCAAUCGCAACCGAACAGCAGCCAGUUGGAGCGGCCGGUUUCGUUACGGAGCGUCGUAAAUCACCAUCCGACGGUACGUCGAUCGAUCCGGUACCCGUGCUUCCAACACCAGAACACGGAGUAGGCAUUAUCAGCGACAGGGAGUUGCACGAGAUCGAGAAAAUGUACGUGGAGCUGAAGGCGACGAGCGAAAUGAGCGAAAAGCUCAUCCGAGCGAUGCGUCUGAGCAAGCAAAAGGCGGCCACACCGCAACAGGACCAAACGAUGCGGCAAGCCUGCCAGAAGCUCAAAAAAUGGUACGAUCGUUCGAUGAACGCGUUUACCCGUUCAAUGCGCAUUCUCGGUAACAUACAGCGCGCAACUGGAGGUGGUUUGAACGCUGCUAACGACCGAUCAAGAGCAGCCUGUCCGUCACCACUGUCCCACGAACAGCAGCGUACGGUGAACGAGUUCAAUUCUAGCACCGAUCGAUUCCGCUCCAUGCUCGCACAGCUACACUCGACCAUUAACGAUUCCGACGUUGAAAAUCACCCACCACCACCACCGACGAUCGACGCGGAAUCGGCAGCGCCCAGUAAAGGCCCGUCGUUGUCGGCUACCAAGAAAGUACAGAUCCUGCAGGACAUCAUCAUUUUACCUGCCCGAAGUGAUGCUGCUAAACGCAACCCACUGAUGCCGUUGAAUGUGGUGCCGCUGCCCCAGCGCGACAGUCCCGUCAUGUCUCCGCUAGCAAAACCUCCGACAAAUCCCGGCCCAAGGGAUGCUUCCAGUGGCCCUAACAACACCCGCCGGGAGCUACAGUAUGACAAGGAGAACGAGCUAUCUACGAACAUCGUGGACAAAGACCAUCAACCAGCAGACACCGGCACCACGACACAACCACCCGGUGGUGCGCCCAGUGUGGUAGAAAUAAAUGACGACACAGCGAUGCACGGUGAUGGUUCCGGUCACAGCGGUCACAAGCACUUGCCCGCCACCACGGACCACAAUUCACGCGACUAUUUCGGAUUCGACGAUAACAGUGGCAACAGUGACGGUGUGGUCGAAAGUUCGCUCGCCCAGGUUACGCUUCCGAUGCCACUGAACAUCUCGCACGAGACGCUGGAGCGAAGGUUGCAAACCGUAAAGCAAUUGCUACCCAAGCGACCCAUUUUCCGUGCCCGACUUAAGCAGCAGAACCCACGGUCCAGCGGUCCGACACGGUUUCCGUUGGUCCCGAAGCUGUGCGUGAUCGGUAGUCCGCAGAAACGACCGCACACGUUGCGUGAUUUCGUCGCUUCCACACCUCGAGCGGUGACGGGUGGUGAAAGCUCGAAGGAGCCGCCAAAUGAAGCACCGGAUGUGUCGGCGAUUGAACCGAUCGCUGCUGAACAGCAGCCACAAUCGGAGAAGCAAACCGAACGCAACAAUGAGUCCGAUGUCGUUGCGCUGUUUGACACACCGGAUCGACCGGCGUGGCUUAAUAAUUCCGCCCAUCAACGAACCUACUCGCGCAUACCCAAACGACGCAAGAAGAAAAAUAUCUAUCUCGCCAACCUCGGACUGGAUGACGACAGUGAGGAUGAGGCGAACGAUGAGCCAGAAGAGCUAAGCUCGGACUCGGAAAGCGAUCGUAAGAAAAAGGCUAAGCAAAAAGCGCGUCGCAAGAAGCAGAUCCCAGUGGAAGAGACGAAAGACUUCAAGCAGUUUGUCGAUAGCUUCAAUAGCAUGUGCGAACAAGUCGAGCGCUAUGAGAUGAUCGUCGAGUAAUGGGCCCCCCUGUAAUGAUGGUGUGUGUGUGUGUGCUGCGAAUGUAUGUUAGGAAGCUGCAUAAUCUCCCGCUGUGCGAAUAUGAUUACUCUAGUUUGUUUUGUCUGUUAUACCGUGUGUUCUAUCAUCCCCAUUACUUGCAGGAAUAUAUUUUAUAUUAUCUUUACCAAACGGUUAUACGUCGGAAUGCUACAGUUUCUUCUUCGUUUGAAAUUCAUUUAUCCUAGAAGGAUAUAUUUAAAGUUGUGCAUUGCAUUUACGAUUUUCUGAGCAAUUAUUCCUUCGGUAGUUUACUAACAUUUGCUUCUCCCCGUGUUUUGUGUAAAGUAAGCGCUAACUAAUAAAGGUGGAAAAAACAAUAA